AAUUGGAACGCUUUCGAGGCUGCCCAUAUCUUUCCCCUCCGACAUGAAAGUCAUUGGGUCCAAUUUAAUUAUAGACGAUGGAUCACAGACAUGGACGAUGCUGUUGGAGCCUCCAAGAUCAACUCAACUCGAAAUGGGUUUCUUCUCCGGAGAGAAGUGCACGCAAUGUUCUCUCAGGACCUCAUCUCCAUUAACCCGGACGACGGUUACAAGGUAGUUGUGUUUACCAUCAAUUUUAUUGGAUGUGAUGGUAGAAUUGUUGAUCCCGUGUGCCGAAAUCCUGCUGAUCCCUACCUCAUUUCCGACAAUCUUCUGAGAUGGCAUUUCCGCCAAUCAGUCCUUGCGAACACGAGAGGCACAGGGGAACUAAUAUUUGGGCACAACUUCCCACCGGUGACCGACACAGCAGGUAAGGUGCUUGCUGGUAUGGAUUCCCAGGCAAGAUCCGAGUUG